AUGCUCGAGGGUGUGAGACCUGCAUACAUUAACUCCAACUCGGAGGCUCUGGACAGGAAGCAGCGGGAGAAGCUUGUUGUGAUCUUGGUUGGUCUUCCUGCGAGAGGAAAGAGCUACAUUUCACAUCGACUGGUAAAUUACCUGAAUUGGUAUGGAAUUCACUGCCGUCUGUUCAAUGUUGGGGCAUUUCGAAGGCAAAAGAUGGCAGAAGAUGCGACCAAAGGCUCCCGCGCUGAUUUCUUCAACAAGGACAACAGGGAUGCAGCUCAGAAGCGAGAGGAACUAGCAGCUGAAGUUCUAGAUCAACUUCUUGAUUGGCUCGUCAACGGUGAGAUCUUGACGUGGCGUGGAGGGAACCUUGCUAUUUUCGAUGCAACUAACACCACGAGAGAACGAAGAAAGCGUGUGAUUGAGCGCUGUCUCAAAGAGAAAGGGAUACAGUGCAUUUUUGUGGAGUCUAUCUGCAAUGAUGCAAAGGUUGUUGAAGCCAAUCUGGCAGAAAAGGUUCGACUCUCUCCUGAUUUCAAGGGCAUGGAUUUCCACACCGCGAUGAAGGACUUGAAAACAAGGAUUGCGAAUUAUGAGGCAGUGUAUGAAGAACUAGAUGAAGCUGAAACUGACUCCACCGGGAAGAGCAUCAGCUUCAUCAAGGUCAUCAAUCUCUCCUCCAAGGUCAUUGCGAACAACGUGCACGGAGGCAUCGCACGAUCUGUGCUCACUUUCUUGAUGAACCUCCACAUUGUUCAAAGGCCCAUAUUUCUUGUACGUGCACCGAAUGCAGAUGAAAGACUUCGAAUGGAUUGGUCCAGGCUUCGAUUCCCAGACUCGUCAAAAUUGACAAGGGGACUCAAUGAUGGCGGCAGGGAGGUCGCAGAUAGGCUGGGAGUUCUUCUUGAAGAGCAAGUCCAGGAGUUCUACAUGAGGCAGCACAAACAAAAGUUGGAGAAGGUCAAAGUUGUACGAGAUCUGUGCCAAGUCAAGCUGUUGGACAUCCAAGAGGACAUCAACAGCACCAUUCAUCGACGAGGUACGAGUGCGCUGAACAUGGUGGACAUCGGAGCUUGCCAUGGCAUGACCCUUGCCGAGCUCUAUGACAGCAUGUCAAAGGACGCGAUCAGGCAGUUCCUCGUCUCCCCUUACACGGCCAAGGUGCCGGGAGGAGAGUCGCUCAGGGAUGUUGUGAACAGGCUUGAGCCGUUUGUUGUCGAUCGUAUUGAGCGCCAGCGAUCGCCUGUGGUUGUCGUUUCGCACCUGUCGACGCUGCAAGUCCUCUACCAAUACUUCGUGGGAACAAGCUCGAAGACACCUUUUUGGAAGCUGCACAUCCCGCAUGGAAGGUAG